AUGGCAGCACCGCAGUUGGUACAACUUCAAGUCGGAGAGCAAGUGGAUCGUUGGCAUAUCGAUAAGAAGCUUGGAGAGGGUGGAUUUGGUGCUGUUUACCUGGUGUGUUCUCAAUCAACAUAA